CUAGCACAGCUGAUUCAAAUAAUCAAAACUUGAUGAUGAGUUGGUUAUUUGAAUCGGGGGGUGAUGAUGCCCAAGUUCGGAUGACCAUUCAAAACGAUUUUCCCAAUCAGAGCUCGUGUUUUUCCCGAGUUCCCAGUUAUCUUGAACACACUGAAGUCGGAGGUCAGAGAUUUCUGAGUUCCCAGUCAUCUUGAACGCGGCAUAAAUACAUAAUUUGGGUUGAAUCUGCACACAGCAUCACUACGAAGCACGUCUCAAUUGUCUACUUACAAAGAACGACCGACCGAUCAUUACGGUUACCGACCGUAGUGCGUGUUGAUUUUGUCUUUCUAAAUGCGUGUUUUAACCAAUGGAAUCGGAAGUGUUGAACCCCUAAAUGAUGGCGGACGUUAAUGGCAACAAUACAUUUCAAAACGCGGAGCUCGAAGUGAUAAAGCUUCAGGAGCUGGUCCGAAAAUUGGAGAAACAAAACGAACAGCUCAGGACAAGAGCUAAUUCAGUAAACAAUUGCAACAAUGGCCCACAUAUAUUUCCAACCUCAUCGGCCUGUCUGCACGGGAGUACAGCCUGCUCUGCUUCUAGUCUGGUUUUCUCUGCAAAUUAUUCAAAUCCAGCACUAUCGCAUCCUUGUGCUCUUGGACCAUACACUUCGUCCGAGGAGCCAUUCUCCAAUUUCAAACAAAACUCGGUAUUUGAUACUGAUGUGGAGGACGCCACUGUUCUGGACGAGGUCGAUAUUCUAGACCUGGAUACCGUACUCCCGGUUGGAGAGUCUGAUCAUAGCUGGCUAUAUGUGUGUCCUAAGGCCAGGCUACGGGGCGAGUGUUUCCUUAGUCCCCUCCAGUGGAGCAGGCAGGUGCUGGACCACCCAGGCCCUGAAGUGGAGAUGGCCAAGAGGUCCCUGUGCCACAGACUGGAGCAAGGCAAGUGGAGGAGAAGCAUCAGCAACUCGGGUCUGGUGUCCUCUGUCCGUCCUUACAGCUCCAUCACAGAUUGGAUCUCUCCCCUUAGCUGCCCCAUCCUGCCUUACACUAAACCUGCUGUGCUAACCACAGAGUCCACAGCUCCUUUCUCUGCAUCCUGCCAUCCCUUGCUCCAGCAGCAGACUCUCCCAGGGAGGGGCUCCUGCAGCCUUAACUCGGUUUACCACAUUGCAGGUGUGAGUCGGCAGCAUGCUGCGGUCAGCCCCCAGUCUUCCAUGGAUAGUGAGGUAGGCACUUCAGAGCUGGAGGAUGACACUAUAUCUAUGGGCUAUAAACUACAGGACAUGACAGACGUACAGGUCAUGGCUCGACUGCAGGAGGAGAGCCUGCGUCAGGAGUACGCCACUACGUCUUCUUCGAUCACGGCCAGCCGUCGCAGCUCCAGCUUCUCACUCCGGUGCAGCGAGAUGGACCUGGACGAGGAAGAGGAGGAUGAGGAGGGCUACAACCAGCUCCCUCCGCCCCAGCCUCGACUGCUCAGGACUGGGUCCAUGCAGUGCGGCAGCCUGUCUCACUCACACACCUUCUCCAGUAUCUCCAGUAUCAGGGAGUGCAGCAGGCGCAGCACCUCCACCCCUCAAUACUCCCUCAGUGGGUUGUCCCAGUACCAGCAGCAAUUCUCUGGACCCUCCAGACUCAUCGUGGACACAUAUGGAUACAGGUCCAGCACAGACAAGUUGCGGAGAAGCAUGCCCAACCUGAUCCGACCUCCCAGCAUGCAUUACGAUCCCAGUGUUGUUCCAAGCCUGGUGUCUCCUGUCAAUCACUCAUCUGGCCCCUCCUCCCUGCCAGUAACCAUGCGGAACAGCCAAAGCUUCGACUCGUCCAAUGGGCUCACACGACUUCAGUCCUCCAUUCCCUCCACCACCCAGCUCAGCCAGCGAUUCCAGAGUGUGGGAAACUUCCACACAACCCCCAGACACCCUGUCAAGGCCACAGCCUAUGUCAGCCCCACGGUCCAACAGGGUCCCUUCUCCUCCUCCAACACCCUCUCUACCUCUACCAUUCUUCACAACAUCCCCAGCAGUGCACCCAAGGCCCUCAAAGUCACCAUCCCCAGUGGUGUCCCCCAGCCCUCCUCCAUCCCCCGUAGUGCCUUACCACGACCCGCCUCUUUCACAGGGACCGGUGGCACCCCCCGCCCCAGCAAGAUUGCCCAGCCCACACACAGUCUAUUGACCCCCCCAAAGAGCCUGGCUGCGCUAAGCGCCCUGAGAGACGGCAGCUGGAAGGAUGGCUGCUACUGAACCCGGGAUGUUGUAUAACACCUCAUCAUUUAUUGGGUUACUGUAAGAUCUCUAUGUUCUGAACCAAGGCCUGAGGCCAUGGAUCAUUCAUAUGGGCCAUAUGAGUCAGCAGCUUGAAGGGAUACAGUGCAUUUACAAAGUAUUCACACCCUUGACCUUCUCCACAUUUUGUUGUGUUACAGCCUGAAUAUAAAAUGGAUUUACAUUUGAUUUAUUUUGUCACUGGCCCAUAAUGUCAAAGUGGAAAUAUGUUUUAACAUUUAUUUUUACAAAUGAAUUAAAAAUGAAAAGCUGAAAUGUCUGAAGCCAAUAACUAUUCAAUCCUUUGUUAUGGCAAGACUAAAUACGUCAUAUGGACUCCCUCUGUCUGCAAUAAUAUUGUUUAACAUUAUUUUUGAAUGACUACCUCAUCUCUGUACCACACACAUUCAAUAAUCUGUAAGGUCCCUCAGUCUAUCAAUGGUGACUUUAAAAGAGUUACUGAGUUAAAUGGCUGUGAUAGGAUAAAACUGAGGAUGGAUAGUCACUCCACAAUACUAACCUAAUUGACAGAGCAAAAAGAAGGAAGCCUGUACAGAAUUAAAACAAUUCCAAAACAUGCAUCCUGUUUGCAACAAAGCACACAAGUAAUACUGCAAAAAAUGUGGCAAAGCAAUUAACUUUUGGUCCUGAAUACAAAGUGUUAUGUUUGGGUCAUAUCCAAUACAACACAUUACUGAGUACCACUCUCCAUAUUUUCAAGCAUAGUGGUGGCUGCAUCAUGUUAUGGGUAUGCUUGUAAUAGUUAAGGACUGGGGAGUUCUUCAGGAUAAAAAAAAAUGGAAUGGAGCUAAGCACAGGCAAAAUCCUAGAGGAAACCCUGUUUCAGUCUGCUCUCCACCAGACACUGCGAGAUGAAUUCACCUUUCAGCAGGACAAUAACCUAAAACACAAGAAGACAGUGAAUUUCCUGAGUGGCCGAGUUACAGUUUUGACUUAAAUCUACCUGAAAAUCUCUGACAAACCAAUUUGACAGAGCUUGAACAAUUGAAAAUAAUAAUAGGCAAAUGUUGCACAAUCCAGGUGUGGAAAGCGCUUAGAGACUUACCCAGAAAGACUCACAGCUGUAAUCACUGCCAAAGAUGCUUCUAUAAAGUGUUGACUCAGGGGUGUAAAUGAGAUAUCUGUAAUGUCUAAAAACAUGUUUUCACUUUGUCAUUAUGGGGUAUUGUGUGUAGUUGGGUAAGGAUAAAAUAUAAACGGUAUGAAUACUUUCGGAAGGCACUUUAAUUUGAGUUUUCCCUGAUGUUCGUAGAGAUUGCAUUCACAGUACACUCAAAAAUGCUAUCUAUAGUAGAACCUGUACCCAUAGAAUAACCCUUUGAAGAACCCUUUUCUUGUUCCAGGUAGAACCCUCUGUGGAAAGGGUUCUACAUGGAACCCAAAUGGGUUCUACCUGGAACCAAAAAGGGUUGUGCUAUGGGGGCAGAGUGUAAACGUAAAUUACCUUUAAAAGUCAAUGUGCUUGUCGAUAAUGCACAUUUCAUUGAAUCCCGGCCUUGGAAUCAUUGUUCUAGAAAACUGAGACUAUUCUUGAGGACUGAGGAGAGAUCGAAACAGCAGAAUCUAAUCUACCUGUUGUGUAAUAGACCGUUCAAGAGGAUAAAAGUGGAAGACACUUUUACAAGAGGGCAAUAUGGUGAUAAUCAAUGUUCUUCAUUGACCAAUGGUAUUUCCUGGUCUGAGUUGGCAGUAUUAGUUGCAAUAGAUAGAGCCAGAAAACUCUCAUUCAUGUGAUUGAAUCCAUCUCCAGCCAAAAUGUCAGCAAGGCCAGUAUUCUUAUUUGGUUUUUAGUCCUGGUCGGAUACAAGCAAGAACUUUGGAACAAACAUUCCUCAGGUGAUAUGAAAAAAUCUUAGAAGGGAUGCCAAAAAGCUAUCCUAUUAUGUGCCAUAGGGUGAUAUUUAUGUGCAGUCCACCAAACAUUGCUCUUCAUAAGCCUUUUGAACAAACUUUGCUCAUCAAAGGCCAUCAAAGACUUUUGGCCAGAAGUGAGAUGUUGUGUGAUCUGCUUUUGGAUUUCCAUGCCAUGUUUGACCAUGGUGAAACUUGAUGCUUCAUAAUGGCUGCCAUAUAAUUAUGGCUGCCAUAUUAGAUUCACAGGAAUAUUGGGUUUGGGGAAAAAUCCCUGGUGGCCUAAAAGCAUAAUUGCAAAAGUAGGGGCUCGAAAAGCAUUAUCUACUGAGAAACCUUUGAUGGGACAAAGUACCAUUGUUUCUGUGACUGGGCCCUGUCUACUAUGUUAGAGUAGACCAGUUUAAGGUAAUACUUAGGGUAAAUUACACAUGUUCUCAAUCAAUUAGCUACACAUUGUAUGUUCUCAGUAGAUAAGGUACAUAAUGUAUACAUAAUCUAAGGUGUGUGUGCAAUUAAGUUUGAUAACAUUGCCCUUUAAAUACGUCUCUAAGGUUAUUAAUGUAGUAGUUCACCAAAAUCUGGCUGGUUUAUGUAAGAAAAAUAACAAAAUAGGGGGUACCAUUCCCACAUUUUUGGGCACCCCUUCUAAUAGAAAUGUAUACAUCCCAAAGAGCAUCUCUACCACAUCUAGACAUUUGUAUCCGAUACGUCACGAUUAAACAAAAACAAAUACUUUGACACUAAGGCCCAAGACUAUUUCUAUGAAAUCAUGGUACUAUAUUGAAUUAGGCACAGUUCGAAAUGUAGUGAGGUGGGGUGGCUGGUACAAAAUAGGUGAGGGUUGUCAAAAAUACUUUUUGUUGCUUUGGGGAGGCUUGUGUGUUUUUUUAUUGGGCACAGGGGAGGGUAGUGCAUUUGUUCCCUGGUUUACAGUCCCCAUUUUGCAGGUUUGACUUUUUCUAUAUACUGUAGCUACAUUUCUUCAUCUGCAUGAGCCUCCCCUAUCAAGGUGUUUUGGUACUUCCCUUAUGCACUAUGCUUUCUGGGCACUUACUAUACCACAGGUCAAUAUACUCUACCUACCCUCUAUCCAUAGUGACAAUAGUGGUUUGUCCAGAUCUGCAAUAGGUUAAUAACCUCUCUAGGAUAUGUGGGACACUAGCGUCCCCCUUGGCCAACAUCCAGUGAGAUUCCAGAGCGCCAAAUUCAAAUACAGAAACACUCAUUAUAAAAAUUCAGAAAAGACACAACUAUUUUACAUAGGUUUAAAGAUUAACUUCUUGUGAAUCCAACCAUGUCAGAUUUCAAAAAUGCUUUACGGCGAAAGCAUACCUUACAAUUAUUUGUGAACAUAGCCCAGCAGACAAAUCAUUACAAACAGUAAACGGCCAAGUAGAAGAGUUACACAAGUCAGAAAUUGAGAUAAAAUGUAUCACUUACCUUUGAUGAUAUUCAUAUGAUUGCACUGAAGACAUGAAGACAUUAAUUUAUUCAAAUGUUCCUUUUGUUCGAUAAAGUCUCUCUUUAUAUCCGAAAACCUCCUUUUGUUUGCGCGUUUUCUUCAGUAAUCCACAGGCUUAAACGCAGUCACAACAGGCAGACAAAAAAAUCCAAAUUGUAUCCGUAAAGUUCAUAGAAACAUGUCAAACGAUGUUUAUACUCAAUCCUCAGGUUGUUUUUAGCCUAAAUAAUCAAUAAUAUUUCAACCGGACAAUAACGUAGUCAAUAUAAAAGGUCAACAACGGCACUCUCUUGGUCGCGCGCAUGAAAAAGCUCUGUGACACUGCAGGGUCCACUCAUUCAGACUGCUCUUACUCCCUCAUUUUUCAGAAUACAAGCCUGAAACCAUUUUUAAAGACUGUUGACAUCUAGUGGAAGGCAUAGGAACUGCAAUUUGAGUCCUAAGUCAAUGGAUACUGUAAUGGCAUUGAAUAGAAAACUAUUAAAAAAAGAAACCCAACUUCCUGAAUGGAUUUUUUUCAGGUUUUCGCCUACCAAAUCAGUUCUGUUAUACUCACAGACAUUAUUUAAACAGUUUUGGAAACGUUAGAGUGUUUUCUAUCCAAAUCUACUAAUUAUAUGCAUAUCCUAUCUUCUGGGCCUGAGUAGAAGACAGUUUAAUUUGGCACGCUUUUCAUCCAAAAUUCCUAAUGCUGCCCCCUUACCCUAGAGAAGAAAACUAGCAAUCAUACACUUAUAAAAUCAUUUAAAUCUGCACCAAUUUUCAAUAUAAAUCCACACGAACAUAGCUAGGCAGUGGAGAUGCCUGGUGCGUCAUUGCGGAUCAGGGCCGUGCAUAGAUCUUUCAGGGGCAGGUGCUCAAAAUAAGCAAAGAGCAACUCCAUUCCCUUUGGGAAAAAAUGCAGUUUCAUCAAAAUUCAUUACACCAAAUGCAUAUGUAGCUAACUGUAUACUUUUUUUUAACAUAGGCCUAUUUAUUUCUGCAAAAAUACAUUCACUCAUCAUCACAAAUUGUAAGGAAGCUACACUAUAUAUACAAAGUUAUGUGGGCACCCCUUCAAAUUAGUGGAUUCGGCUAUUUCAGCCACGCCUGUUGCUUUUAGGUAUAAAAUUGAGCAUAUAGCAAUCUCCAUAGACAAACAUUGGCAGUAGAAUGGCCUUACUGAAGAGCUUAGUGACUUUCAAAGUGGCAUAGUCCUAGGAUGCCACCUUUCCAACAAGUCAGUUCAAAACAUUUCUGCCCAUGAGAAAAAGCUCACUGCCAUUGGACUCUGGAGCAGUGGAGACAUGUUCUAUGGAGAGAUGAAUCACGCACCGCCAUCUGGUAGUCCGACGGACGAAUCUGGGUUUGGCGGAGACCAGAGAACACUACCUGCCCCGAUGCAUAGUGCCAACUGUAAAGUUUGGUGGAGGAGGAAUAAUGGUCUGGGGCUGUUUUUCAUCUUAAUGCUCCAGCAUACAAUGACAUUCUAGACAAUUCUGUGCUUCCAACUUUGUGGCAACAGUUGGGGAAGGCCCUUCCCUGUUCAGCAUGCCAAUGCCCCCGUGCACAAAACGAGGUCCAUACAGAAAUGGCUUGUUGAGAUCUGUGUGGAAGAACUUGACUGGCCUGCACAAAGCCCUGACCUCAACUCCAUCGAACACCUUCAGGAUGAAUUUAUUUAUAGAGCCCUUCGUACAUCAGCUGAUAUCUCAAUGUGCUGUACAGAAACCCAGCCUAAAACCCCAAACAGCAAGCAAUGCAGGUGUUGAAGCACGUUGGCUCGGAAAAACUCCCUAGAAAGGCCAAAACCUAGGAAGAAACCUAGAGAGGAACCAGGCUAUGGGGGUGGCCAGUCCUCUUCUGGCUCUGCCGGGUGGAGAUUAUAACAGAACAUGGCCAAGAUGUUCAAAUGUUCAUAAAUGACCAGCAUGGUCAAAUAUAAUUAUUAUAUAAUUUUGGUCAUGUAGUGUAGUUAUGCUGCCUCCUAAAUAUGUUGACAUAGGGAAAAGAGUGUAGGCUUUCAGCUUAUCAUUUAUGUUUUAUUUAUUUCACCUUUAUUUUGCCAGGUAGGCCAGGUAGGCCAGUUGAGAACAAGUUCUCAUUUACAACUGCGACCUGGCCAAGAAUAAAGUAAAGCAGUUCGACACAUGGAAUAAACAAAACAUACAGUCAAUAAUACAGUUGAAGAAAAUGUAUAUACAGUGUGUGCAAAUGAGGUAAGAAAAGGGAGGUAAGGAAAUAAGUAGGCCAUAGUGGUGAAGUAAUUACAAUAUACCAAUUAGACACUAGAGAGAUUGAUGUGCAGAAGAUGAAUGUGCAAGUAGAGAUGCAGGGGUGCAAAGGAGCUAGAUAAAUAAAUAAAUACAGCAUGGGGAUGAGGUAGUUGGAUGGGCUAUUUACAGAUGGGCUAUGUACAGGUGCAGUGAUCUGUGAGCUGCUCAGACAGCUGGUGCUUAAAGCUAGUGAGGGAGGUAAGAGUCUCCAGCUUCAGUGAUUUUGGCAAUUCAUUCCAGUCAUUGGCAGCAGAGAACUGGAAGGAAAGGUGGCCAAAGGAAGAAUUGGCUUUGGGGGUGACCAGUGAGAUAUACCUGCUGGAGCGCGUGCUAAGUGUGGGUGCUGCUAUGGUGACCAGUGAGCUGAGAUAAGGCGGGGCCUUACCUAUCAGAGACUUGCAGAUGACCUGAAGCCAGUGGGUUUGGCGACGAGCAUGAAGCAAGGGCCAACCAACGAGAACGUACACGUCACAGUGGUGGGUAGUAUAUGGGGCUUUGGUGACAAAACAGAUGGCACUGUGAUAGACUGCAUCCAAUUUGUUGAGUAGAGUGUUGGCGGCUAUUUUGUAAAUGACGUCGAGGAUCGGUAGGAUGGUCAGUACAGGAUGUUGGAUGUUGAUGAUAGUUAUUAGCCAGCUCGAUUUCUUAUACUGAUUGUGAUUUACCUUUCUAUGUCUUUCUGCCUCUCUCUGUUGAGCGUAACAGCCAACCAGACUGAAUAUUGAUGAUAAUGAUAAUCAAGUGUUAUCAAGUGUUAAUAAAAUGUAAUGCUGCUGUAGAAGUACUGUUAAUAUUGUAACUAAGUAGUUAUUGGAAUAAAACCACUCGGCAGGUGACCGCAUUUCUUAAGCCAUGCAUGUAUGGAUACCGGUCGCUCACAAUCUGUGUACUGGGCAGACUAGGAAAAAGGUGGAACCAGGUACCUGGAGCUCCAUACAGGAAUACCUGAUGGUCAAAUGCUGACCCUUCUUCCCCCCGAGCAAGUUUUGAGCUGUUAUCGUGACUGUUGUAUAUGUUCCAUCUCAGGACAAGAAAAAGCUAUUAACAAGCAAGAAAACCUACAUCCAGAGGCUGCUUUUUAAAAUUCUGCAUCACUAAUACACGUGAUGCCCAACUUCCAUCAAUAUGUCUCCAACACCACUAAAGUCCUAGACCACUGUUAUUCUACCCACAAGCAAGCAUACAAGGCUCUCCCUCAUCCGCCAUUCGGCAAAUCAGAUCAUGACUUCCUACUCCUGCUUCCUGUUUACAAGCAGAACAUCAAAUCUGCAAUGAGAUUAUGCUACAGGACUGCUUUGCUAGUGCUGAUUGGAAUAUGUUUAGAGACUUUGCCGAUAGCGUUGGCGAGAUAACCACCUCCGUCACAGGUUUCAUUAGAAAAUUCAUCUUCGACGUUGUCCACACGGUGAGGAUUCCCAAAUCAAAGCCCUGGAUUAACACUGAGGUUGACGCUAUACUAAAGGACAGGGCUACCACACACAGAGCUAUCAUAGACAACCCUGAGGCUACGGCCAAGGACAGGAAUAAGUACAAGAAGUCCCGCUAUGACCUCCGCAGAGUCAUCGAACAAGCAAAAGGACAAUAUAGGAAUAAAGUGGAAUCAUAGGCACAGUCGUGAAGAAGGCGCGAUAGCGCCUCUUCCCCCCAGGAGGUUUGGCAUGGGCCCUCAAAUCCUCAAAAAGUUCUACAGCUGUACCAUUGAGAGCAUCUUGACAGGCUGCAUCACUUCCUAGUAUGGCAAUAGUACCGCCCUCGAUCGCAUGGCGCUACAGAGGGUGUUGAAGACAGCCCAGUACAUCACUGGGGCUGAGCUCCCUGCCAUCCAGGACAUCUAUAUCAGGCGGUGUGGUAGGGAGGCCCGGAAAACCGUGAAAGACUCCAACCACCCAAGCUAUAGACUAUUCUCUCUGCUGUCGAAUGGCAAGCGGUACCGGUGCAUCAAGUUUGACAUCAACAGGCUCUUGAAGAGCUUCGAUACUCAAUCAGUAAGACUGAUAAAUAGCUACAAAGAUUAUAUGAGUUAACCUUGUAUCUUUAUUGAUCUUUUAUUAAAAGGUCUCUCUGCACACUCACAGGGCCCUACACACUCACACACACACACACACACACUCAGAACAUCAUCUGCUCACUCACACAUAAUAUCCACAUACAUUUAUACAAACCCUACACACAAGCACACCCACUCACAUACUGUUACUCUGUUUACCUCAUUUUCUGUCACCAUAGCCCUGUACAUAUCUACCUCCAUCACUCCAGUAUCCCUGCACAUUGUAUACAGUAGAAAUCAGAAGUUUACAUACACCUUAGCCAAAUACAUUUAAACUCAGUUUUUCACAAUUCCUGACAUUAAUCCUAGUAAACAUUCCCUAUCUUAGGUCAGUUAGUGAAAUGUGAAAUGUCAGAAUAAUAGUAGAGAGAAUGAUUUAUUUCAGAUUUUAUUUCUUUCAUCACAUUCCCGGUGGGUCAGAAAUUUCCAUACACUCAAUUAGUAUUUGGUAGCAUUGCCUUUAUAUUGUUUAACUUGGGUCAAACGUUUCGGGUAGCCUUCCACAAGCUUCCCACAAUAAGUUGGGUGAAUUUUGGCACAUUCCUCCUGACAGAGCUGAUGUGACUGAGUCAGGUUUGAAGACCUCCUUGCUCGCACACGAUUUCCAGUUCUGCCCACAAAUGAUUUUCUAUGGGAUUGAUGUCAGGGCUUUGUGAUGGCCACUCCAAUUCCUUGACUUUGUUGUCCUUAAGCCAAUUUGCCACAACUAUGGAUGUAUGCUUGGGGUCAUUGUCCAUUUGGAAGACCCAUUUGCGACCAAGCUUUAACUUCCUGACUGAUGUCUUGAGAUGUUGCUUCAAUAAAUCCACAUAAUUUUCCAAUCUCAUGAUGCCAUGUAUUUUGUGAAGUGCACCAGCCCCCCCUGAGCAAACACCCCCAUAAAAUGCUGCUGGGAUGGGGUUCUUCGGCUUGCAAGCCUCCCCCUUUUUCCUCCAAACAUAACGAUGGUCAUUAUGGCCAAACAGUUCUAUUUUUGUUUCCUCAGACCAGAGGACAUUUCUCCAAAAAGUACGAUCUUUGUCCCCAUGUGCAGUUGCAAACCGUAGUCUAGUUUUGGAGUAGUGGCUCAGUGGCCUUUCUUCCUUGCUCAGCGGCCUUUCUGGUAUGUCAAUAUGGGACUCGUUUUACUGUGAAUAUAGAUACUUUUGUACCCGUUUCCUCCAUCAUCUUCACAAGGUCCUUUGCUGUUGUUCUGGGAUUGAUCUGCACUUUUCGCACCAGAGUACGUUCAUCUCUCGGAGACAGAACGCGUUUCCUUCCUGAGUGGUAUGCCGGCUGCGUGGUCCCAUGGUGUUUGUACUUGCGUACUAUUGUUUGUACAGGUGAACGUGGUACCUACAGGCGUUUGGAAAUCCUCCCAAGGAUGAACCAGACUUGUGGAGGUCUACAAUAUUUUUUCUGAGGUCUUGGCUGAUUUCUUUUGAUUUUCCCUUGAUGUCAAGCAAAGAGGAACUGAGUUUGAAGGUAGGCCUUGAAAUACAUCCACAGGUACACCUCCAAUUGACUCAAAUGUUGUCAAUCAGCCUAUCAGAAUCUUCUAAAGCCAUGACAUCAUUUUCUGGAAUUUUUCAAGUUGUUUAAAAGGUAGUCAACUUAGUGUAUGUAAACUUCUGACCCACUGGAAUUGUGAUACAGUGAAUUAUAAGUGAAAUAAUCUGUCUGUAAACAAUUGUUGGAAAAAUAACUUGUGUCAUGCACAAAAUAGGUGUCCUAAAAGACUUACCAAAACUAUAGUUUGUUAACAAGAAUUUUGUGGAGUGGUUGAAAAACAAGUUUUAAUGACUCCAACCUAAGUGUAAGUAAACUUCAGAUUUCAACUGUAUAUGGUAUUGGAACUGACCUUGUAUAUACUAUGCUUACUUACUUAUUGUGUUAUUCAUAUUUCUUCUUUCUCAUGUGUUUUUUCUAGUAUUACAUUGUUUUUUAAUUUACUAGGCACUAAGUAAGCUAAGAGGUAUGAUUGAGAAUAUGUACAUAAAAGAUGGAUGGUAUAGAGUACAGUGUAUACAUAUGAGGUGAGUAAUGUAGGGUAUGUAAACAUUAUAUAAUGGCUCAGGUGGUUGUUGUACUUGAUCUUUUUGGCCUUCCUGUGACAUCGGGUGGUGUAGGUGUCCAGGAGGACAGGUAGUUUGCCCCCGGAGAUGCGUUGUGCAGACAUCACUACCCUCUGGAGAGCCUUACGGUUGUGGGAGUAGCAGUUGCCGUACCAGGCGGUGAUACAGCCCGACAGGAAGCUCUCGAUUGUGCAUCUGUAAAAGUUUGUGAGUAUUUGUGCUGACAAGCCAAAUUUCUUCAGCAGUCCUGAGGUUGAAGAGGCGCUGCUACGCCUUCUUCACCACGCUGUCUGUGUGGACCAUUUCAGUUUGUCCGUGAUGUGUACGCCGAGGAACUUAAAACUUUCCACCUUCUCCACUACUGUCCCGUCGAUGUGGAUAGGGGGCUGCUCCCUCUGCUUGGAACGCGAAGCGAGGCGGCCAUCUCUGUCGGCGCCAGAAGUUUAUAUUUUAUAUAAUUAUAGCAAUGAAAAUCUAAUUUCCCUCCAGCUGAUCAUUGUCUGUCGCUGGCUCUCAUCAUAGUGUAAUGAGCCAGGCAGGGAGAGUGAGCUCGUCCAUGGCGGUCGGUGAACCCUCAACCUUCUGGCUUGUAGCCCUGCGUGGCAUCAACUGUGCCACAAAACCAUGCUGAAGUGGUCAAGUUGAUAUCCAUGUUUAUAAACACAGGGUUGCUACAGUUAUUAUUUGUGGUGAUCAUUAUUAUUUUGUUUUAUGAAGGAGAAGGGUAGUGCUUUUUUAUGACCCCUCGAGUUCGACCCCCCUCUAGUAAAUUUGGAACUGUUCCUUCCUGUUUAAUAUUGAGGACUUUGAAACAAGUGUCUAAGUAUGGAUUUAUAGGAAUUCAACAUUUGUUUUUUAGUAUUUUAUGCCUAUUAUAGUGUUGGAAUUGUGUUGGAAUUGAUUUCAUGAAAUGUAUUUGUUGUUUUCAGAACUAAUGACACUUUUUUCAAGUACUGUUUUUGAUUCAGACAAAUGCUCAGAAUUCUUUUGGAAAAUAAUGCAAUCAUAAAAGCUCAAAAGUAGCUCUGCACCUAUUUCUCUUUCUUAUCAUUACUGUUUACAGGACAGUUGAUAUUUUUGAGAAACAAUUGUACUGUAAAACACAAUUGCACAUUUCCAUUUUAAAUGUAACAUUUAUUAAACUAGGCAAGUCAGUUAAGAACAAAUUCUUAUUUACAAGGAUGGCCUACCGGGGAACAUUGGGUUAACUGCCUUAUUCAGGGGUAGAACAACAGAUGUUUACCUUGUCAGCUCUGGGAUUCAAUCCAGUAACCUUUUGAUUACUGGCCCAACGCUCUAACCACUAGGCUACCUGCCGUCCCCAUAUAGGGGAGUUGUGACUGUUUUUCUAAAACAUAUGGUAUUGAAAAGGAAUUAAUGCAUUUUCAAUGUAAAU